AUGCGUCGCACUGCAUUGCGGGCGGUCGAAUCCGCAAAGCCUCUGACCAGAGCUCCUCAUUCGGCGAGAAGCUUUGCUACUCAGCGCAACUCCGCUAAGGACCCCUCCGAGCUCGAUCAAGUAACCACACUCCCGAAUGGAGUUCGCGUCGCCACAGAAUCAUUAUCGGGUCCCUUUGCUGGUGUUGGAGUCUACGUCGAUGCCGGUUCUCGUUACGAAGAUGCAAGCCUGCGUGGUGUCAGUCAUAUCAUGGACCGGUUAGCCUUCAAGUCUACAAAGUCGCGCUCAAGUGAUGAGAUGCUAGAGGUCAUGGAGACCCUGGGUGGUAGUCUUCAAUGCGUGUCUUCGCGAGAGUCAUUGAUGUACCAGUCCGCGAGUUUCAACUCAACGGUUCCUCAAACUCUCGGUAUUCUCGCAGAAACCAUCCGGGAUCCUCUCAUCACCGAGCAAGAGGUUCUCGAACAACUUGCCACAGCAGAGUAUGAGAUUGGCGAGAUUUGGGCGAAGCCGGAACUCAUCCUGCCGGAGCUUGUCCACAUGACAGCUUACAAGGAUAACACACUCGGUAACCCUCUGCUGUGUCCAGAGGAGAGGCUAGGUGAAAUCAACAAAGCAGUUGUGGAGCGCUACCGGGAGGUCUUCUUCAACCCGGACCGCAUGGUUGUCGCUUUUGCCGGCGUGCCCCACGCCGAGGCCGUCCAGCUCACACAGCAAUACUUUGGAGACAUGAAGAGCCGCGACGUUGCUCACGGCAAGGGACCCGUUCUUUCUGGUUCCGGAAUUGAUACCACACUCUCCGAUUCCCCUACUGUCGCCAGAGAGGGUCAGAUCCCAACUGUCCCCCAGUUCACAGCUUCGUCGACCGUCAGCACACCAGCCGCCUCGCAAAACACUCAUUCCUCCCUCCUCUCGAAGCUUCCCUUCCUCAAGAAUUUCUCUGGAUCACAAAAGCACAACUCGGUUGAGCCACUCCACCCCUCGUUGAUUGAACCAUCUGCAUUGGAUCUCCGUCGCCCCGCUCACUACACUGGUGGUUUUAUCGCCCUUCCUAUCAUUCCGCCGCCGGCAAACCCUAUGCUGCCUCGGUUGAGCUACAUUCACCUUGCUUUCGAGGCCCUCCCUAUCGAUUCUCCUGAUAUUUACGCCCUUGCUACUCUUCAGACCCUCUUGGGUGGUGGUGGCUCUUUCUCUGCCGGUGGUCCCGGCAAGGGCAUGUACUCUAGACUCUACACCAACGUUCUUAACCAGCACGGAUGGGUCGAGAGCUGCAUUGCUUUUAACCACAGCUACACGGACAGCGGUGUCUUCGGUAUUUCUGCCUCCUGCAGCCCUACCCGCACAACAGAGAUGCUUGAGGUUAUGUGCCGCGAACUGCAGGCGCUUACCCUGGACAAUGGAUACUCUGCUCUGCAAACCCAGGAGGUGAACCGUGCGAAGAACCAGCUUCGAUCAUCCCUUCUCAUGAAUCUCGAGUCUCGCAUGGUUGAGCUCGAGGAUCUUGGACGCCAGGUCCAGGUGCACGGCCGUAAGGUCAGCGUCAAGGAGAUGUGCAACCAGAUUGAGGCUUUGACUGUUCAAGAUCUCCGCCGCGUGGCGAGCCAGGUCUUUGGCGGUCACGUGCAGAACAAGGGCAAGGGAACUGGCAAGCCUACUGUCGUGUUGCAGGAGGGCGAGGUAGAGGGAUACAAGCAGCGGAAUUUCCCCUGGGAAGAGAUCCAAGAGCGCAUUGCUCGAUGGAAGCUUGGUCGGCGGUAA